CAAAAACAAAAAAAAAACAAAAAUACAGCCAGCAUGUCGGACCCAGUGAGCCCGUCUCUCAAGAACCUUCCCAAGGUUGCUGUUGACCUGAAGAGCGAGCUCGAAGGUUUUAAUUAUAGUUGCAUGAAGAAGGCCGAGACCGCGGAAAAGAACGUCCUGCCAUCGGCUGGAGACGUUGCCGCAGAAAGAGCUCAGCAAACAUUAAUUGCUGGCAUUGAACACUUUGACACAUCGAGACUGAAGCACACAGAGACGAACGAGAAGAAUCCUCUUCCAGACAAAGAUGCUAUCCAGCAAGAGAAGGGAAAGCAGCAACUUAUUUCUGGAAUCGAGAACUUUGAUCCUGCCAAGCUGAAGCACGCAGAAACGCUCGAAAAAAAUCCAUUGCCUACCAAAGAAGCGAUUGCCGCAGAAAAGAUAUCUGCAUAAAACGCCAUCGGGAAGCAAAAAUGAAGAAAAAAUUGUGAUGCAGUGAUCUGCAAAUUUUUUCACGCUCUAUAUAAUUAAUAUUUUCUAAUUACCGAUAUCUUAUGGAGAACGACGAUGUCAAUACAAGAAAAAAAAUCUUAUUAAUGUAAUCUCAUAGACUAUAUGUACUCUGUCGCUCGCAUAUCAUGCUUUUUCUUUAAAAAAAAAAAAAAAAAAAAAAAAAAAAAAAAAAAA